GGAUUCCUUCAACGACGACCAAGACCAGACCGACAAGAUGCCUCACUCGUUUGGUUACCGCGCGCGCACGCGCGACCUGUUCAAGCGCGACUUCCGCAAGCAUGGCCCCAUCAAGCUCUCGACGUACCUGCGCCCCUACCACGUCGGUGACAUUGUCGACAUCAAGGCCAACGCCGCCGAGCAGAAGGGCAUGCCCCACAAGUACUACCACGGCCGCACCGGUGUCGUCUUUGGCGUCCAGCCCCGGGCGGUCCAGGUCCUCAUCUACAAGACGGUGGGCAACCGCAAGAUUGAGAAGCGUGUCAACCUGCGCAUCGAGCACGUCAAGCACUCCAAGUGCCGCGACGACUUCUUGAACCGUGUCAAGCAGAACGCGGCAAAGAAGAGCGAGGCAAAGGCAAAGGGCGAGAAGGUCAACCUCAAGCGCCAGCCCGCGCAGCCGCGUGAGGCCAGGACGAUCCAGACGAACAAGAACAAGCCCGAGACGCUUGCUCCCCAGGCCUACGACACCUACAUCUGAUUCGUUCGCUCCCUCGUCCUCCUCCUCCUUCCUCCUUACAUGUACUUUCUUUUCUCCCACCAACCAAAACUCACCGAUACGGCAGC